GAGUGCUGGGGUGGAAGUAGUGCUGUAAUCAAGUUCGCGCAAGAGAGUAGAUGACAGUCAGUAGCUGUCCAACAUAUAGUCUUCAAGUGAAUCGAAACUCUAUGAAAUAAAGAUGAUGACAACAAACGAAGUCCUGCACAAGAACUCUACAAUCACAAACAUGACUAUGAAUGGAACUGUAUGUCCAGAAAAUCAUGGUUAUAAAUACAUGGUCUACUCCACUGUGUACAGCGGUGUAUUCGUCAUUGGGUUGCUGUCAAACAUGCUGGCUCUGUUUGUGUUCUACCGCAUUGCGAAGAGUAAGAAUUCCAGCACAGUCUACCUGAUGAACCUCGCCAUUGCUGACCUCCUCUUUGUGCUCAGCCUUCCCCUGAGGAUUGUCUAUUAUCUAAGAGAAGGAGACUGGCCAUUCAGGGAUUUCCUGUGUCGAGUGUCCACCUACACUUUCUACGUCAGCAUGUAUUGCAGUAUAUUUUUCCUGACUUGCUUGAGCAUAUCUCGUUUUUUGUCCACAGUCCAUCACAUGAGGCAUCAAAGAAUUUUCACUUUCCGCCGGUGCGUCAUAGCAUGUGUUAUAAUCUGGCUCUUCGUGGGUGUAGCUGCAGCACCCUUCCUGUUGUCAGGGAGCGAAGCUCACCAUGGCAAAAUCAAGUGCUUUGAGCCUGUGAUUGCCAAGAGCUGGACUCGCAUUGCUAAGAUGAACUACUUUGCACUGACUGUUGGAUUCCUUAUUCCUUUUAUCAUCAUUCUCAUCUGCUACUCUUUGAUGAUAAAGUACUUAAUGGGGGUUAGUUGGCAGUCAAGACGAAUCAAGAGGGACAUAGCCAUGAUUGUGCUGGUUCUGUGCGUGUUUUUUAUCUGUUUCCUUCCCUACCACAUGCAAAGAACAGUGCAUUUGUAUUACCUGGUCCAUCACCACACUGACUGUGAUCUGGAAAACAUUCUCCGCAAGUCAGUGGUGGCUACGCUGUGCCUGGCAGUGGCCAACAGCUGCUUUGACCCCCUGCUUUACAUUUUUGUGGGGCAAGGGUUUAGAACAUUUGUCAGGGCAUGGCUGAAGAGAAAGGAAUCUAACGUCUCGUACAGCUCCUCCAGUAGCAAGCUUUUCAUUAGCGCUGCAUUCAUCCAACAAGGACGGAUGCUGGAGUCGUCCGCAGGACCAAUAAAGCCAACCCAGACUCUGUUGUGUGAAGGAGAUGAACUGUUAAAUGAAAAAACUCAAGGAGACAAUAAAUUCUCAAGCAAAACAGAAAUCGGUGAUCACUUCAAGCGAAACAGCCCAUAGUGACUUCUCGAAAGCUUCCUUUCUAGAUGAGGCUUGCUAGAUGAGGAGAGCUUUUUUGUCUCCUCAGCAGGUCGAUUGACUGCUAAAGGUUUUGUAUGAAAGGAGUUCCUUAGGAAGAAAAUAUGACAAAGUGUUUUGAUGGUGACAGUCGGGAAAGUGGGAAUUUUCUAGCAUUUGCCACUUUAUCAAAACAGCAGUAAUUCCUGAGCCGUCGAAGGGAGGUGUCAAGAAGCGUGGGAUGUGGAGGAGGAACUGGAAGAGCUACAAUAUUCGUUGUAUCUUAUCAACUGAUUAUAGAACCACAAGACAGAGAGCAUGGUAGAGUGUGACUUUAAAAGAAAGGGUAACAAAGGUAGCUUGCUAAUCAUAUACAUUAGAACAUUUUUAAAUAUAUAAAAAAACAUUCAGUUCAGUCACUGAUUAUACCACUGGUGCCAAACAUUUUAAGAUUUAUUUGAAAGAUAUCAUAAAGCAAGUAUGUUGAGAGUUAGACCUCUGACCUGAAGAAUUCCAAAAUGGCCCACUUCCUGUUCCUUGCACUCCAGCAAUAUUGGCUCUACCCACAGCACAGGCCAUGUCACCCAAAAUCACUCCCGUCCUGAAAUCCUACAGACAAUAGCUCACAGACAGUGUUCCACAGAGAAUACUCCAUAGAAAAUACCUUUCAGGGAAUAUCCCAAGAGGGUAUCCCACCAUAAAUUCCCACAGAAAAUACCCCAUACAGUGUACCCCAAAGUGAGUCAAUGAGUCAUACAGCAUGGAAACAGACCCUUUGGCCCAACCAGUCCAUGCUGAACACAAUCCCAAACUAAACUAGUC